AUGACAGCAGUUCCUCCCGGCGGUACCUUCUUCGACACCUUGAAGCGUAGCUUCUCAGAUGUCCCAAUCGAGUCUGGCAAGAUUGCCACCACAGAGUUCCUCGAGGCCUGUGAGGGUCUGACCACUCUUUUCGAUGUCCUCGGUUCCGCUGCAUUCAAGCCUGUCAAGUCGGACAUGGCCGGCAACAUCAAGAAAAUCCGUGACCGCCAGCUCGCUGCUCCCAUCGACUCUGAGAACCUCCAAGAUCUGGUCCGCAACGAGCUUAAGACCAAGAAGCACGUCGCAACCGAAGGUCUCGUCUGGUUGAACCGUGCUCUCGACUUUACCGCCCAGGCUCUUCGCCAGAACCUGACCAACAGCAACGAGGAAGUCAGCGUCUCGUUCCGCGCCGCCUACGGCAACACCCUCAGCAAGCACCACAGUUUCAUGAUCAAGCCCAUCUUCAGUGCCGCGAUGAGCGCAACUCCCUACCGCAAAGACUUCUACGCCAAGCUCGGCGACGACCAGCCCCGUGUUGAGAAAGAGCUCGGUGCUUGGUUGAGCAGCCUGGAGAACAUUGUCAAGAACUUGAACGACUUCUUGGCUACUAAGGAGGCCAAGUGGUGA